AUGGAAAAGAAAAUACGCAGGCCAAGACUUUUGCCCUCCCAGACGAGGCUGCUCCUGGUUGUAUACAAGAGCAACCCAAAGCCAGGGAAUGAGCUCAGAAAGAAGCUUUCCAAGGAGUUUAACAUCCCGAUGCGGACUGUGCAGAUAUGGUUCCAGAACAGGAGGGCGAAGGAUAAGCGCACAAGAGAGAAGGCCCCAGAGGAGAAAGAUUCUGCAGUUUCUUCUCCCUCUGUCGCAUUUUCCUACGAGGAGUACUACAAUGGCUUCCUAGAAGAGCACUACUGA